CACAUGAAAUUAUCUGAAAUUUUCAUCAUCCAAAUGAGAACUUUAAACUUGGGGUGUAAGAGUGAGAUGCCAGAUCUUGUAUUUCUUGUUUCUAUCAAACCAUCAAAACAUUGUAGUGUACUAUACCAAUUUUGUCAUCCAAACAUGUCUUUGUCCUUUCAAGAUUCAUCCGUAAGAUUUAGGUGGUGUGCUUUGGUUUCCUCUUCCCUAGUGAUUGAGGUUUUCUGUUUAUGCAAAGUGCAAAAUAUCUCUAGGAUUUUUGUCGAUACUGUUAAAGACCUUAUCAAUUUCUACUAUAAUAUCGAAGCAAGUAAUGAUUAUCAACAUCUAAAACAAGUAGUCCAUGUUAGACCAAAACCAUUAGAAACAGGAAAUCAUUAAAAUAAUUAAGAACAAGAGUUUAUAAGAGCAUUCUAACAAAGAUUUAUUUGGGAAAGUUAGGUUAUACAUUUAUAUACACCAACAACUUCAUAUAUUCUAUAUGGGUUUUAGAAGACCAAAGUUUUUAAAGACGGAGAGUUGGUCAACUUUUAGAUAAGCCAAUCGUUAGGUUGAGAAGCCAACACAAAGAGGCAACAAAGCAAAUUGUCAUUUUUUUAUAAGACAUUCACGCCAUUCCAUUUUUAUUACUGACGACCCAAGACAAAGUUCUUAUCUCUCAUUUUCUCUCAAAGAUGGAUUUUUUCAAAAAUUUGGCAGACUCUUUUGUAAAAGAAGUGGUCGAUCCAACGGUAUCUUUUGCAGAAGAUUCUGCAAGAACUGUCGCAAGAGAAGUGGUCGAUCCAACAGUAUCUUUUGCAGAAGAUUCUGCAAGAACUGUUGUAAGAGAAGUGGUAGAUCCAACAGUAGCUUUUGUAGAAGAUUCUGCAAGAACUGUUGCAAGAGAAGUGAUAGAUCCGACAGUAUCUUUUGCUGAAGAUUCUGCAAAAACUGUUGUAAGAGAAGUGGUAGAUCCAACAGUGGCUUUUGUAGAAGAUUCUGCAAGAACCGUUGUAAGAGAAGUGAUAGAUCCGGCCGUAGCGUUCAUCGAAACCCAGUUCCAGCGGCCACGAGACGUCAUUGAGCAAGAAAAAAUCCUAGACAAUCUCCUCGCAUCCAACGGUUCACGUUUCCCUGGCGACGACUACCAUUCCCCCGACCGGAAAAACUGGAUGGCCCAUCUCUCCGUAGAGAAACUGACUCUUAACAAGAUCGUAUGGCCAGGGACGCACGACUCAGCCACGAACGGAAUCGGGAUAGACGUGGUAACUCGUCCCUUGGGUGAGUGCCAAACGCUCUCCAUCUACGAGCAGCUAGUUCGUGGAACACGACUCCUCGACGUCCGUGUACAAGAGGAUCGCCAUAUCUGCCACGGGAUCUUGGCGUCAUACAAAGUGGACUUCGUCAUCGACGACGUCAUCAGAUUCUUGUCGGAGACUCACUCGGAGAUCAUUAUCCUAGAGAUAAGGACGGAGUACGGACACAGAGACCCUCCGGAGUUUGAAAGUUACUUGACUAACAAGUUAGGUCAAUUCUUGAUACACCAAAACGAUAACUUGUUCAACAAGUCAUUAUCCGAGAUCUUGCCGAAAAGGGUUAUUUGCAUCUGGAAACCUAGAGAGUCCCCAAGGCCGAGCCGCGGUGGACUUCUCUGGAACUAUGACUAUCUAAAAGAUAACUGGAUCGAUACGGAUCUUCCAUGGACGAAGUUUCAAAGCAAUAUGAACCAUUUGAAAGACCAACCAUCGUUAUCUUCUAGAAGAUUCUUUUACCGGGUUGAGAAUACACUUACGCCACAAGCAGAUAACGUGGUUGUGUGGGUCAGACCCGUGACUGAUCGUAUCCGAAGGUACGCAAGGCUCUUCAUCUCUAGAUGUAAAGCCGAGGGAUGUAUAGAUAAGUUGCAGAUUUUUUCGACGGAUUUUAUCGAUGAGGAUUUCGUUGAUGCCUGCGUUGGGCUUACAUACGCUAGAAUCAAUGGAAGAAUUUGAUUAUAUGUACUACACUGAACGAUCGUUGAUC